GAACACAGCAGAAAACAGAAAGUUUGCUUAUCAGAGAUUGGAGCAUUGAAAUGAGCUCAAAGAAAACUCCGCCAAGGUUUAGGGCUGUAGGGCAGCGGUCACUUCCUUCAUUAUUCUCGUCUUGCUCAAAAAAGUAGUAAGCGGAAAAAAAACAAAAACCCAUAUUAUAUUUUUUGUAAUAAAUCUUCUAUCUGUCGUGUUUUUUUUUUUUUUUGCGCGUGAAAUCAGUGUCAAGGCUGUAGAAGAAUAUCCAGAUGGUGGCUCGCAUGUGCCCCUCUCGGAACGGAAGCCUCACCAGACUUCUGGAAAACCCACGGCAGUAAAGCUGGGGUUGACAAGCGCAUUGCAAGAAAGCAUUUCACAAUGCUUGGAGGUGAUUCAGAACCCAGCCAGACAAGAAGGAAUGAGAGUUUUAUAAGCAAGGAGAAACCAGGACCUGUUUAUAACUACAGUUUUAGCGGCGGUGGCAAACACUCUGUAAGAAAACAUUUCACAGUGCUUGGAGGUGAUCCAAAACCAAAACCACAAGACUACCAGAAAAGGAAAAGGAAUGAGAGUUUUGUGAGCAAGGAGAAAGCAGGACCUGCUUAUAAUCACUAUGCAAAUGGGUGUGGCUGGUGGGACUGCGACAGGGAAGGCAUUGACAAUGAAGAAGUAGGCCUUAAUGAGGUAUGGGAAGUAGUGGGCUGUACCACAUUGGGAGGAAUAGAAUGGCAUUGAUAUUUGGCUCUAGAUAUCAUAUCUUAAUGAUAAUAGAAAACUUGUGUAUAAUACUUUGUCAUUUCUUUCCCAUCCCAGUUCCCACCCCAUUUAGUGAUGUCUUGUGUAAUUUAAGGUUUAUAUAUUGUAUUGUUUUAACUUUUAGCAUGAGGAUAUCUUUUUAGCAA